CCACAUCAUUAUCUUCAACCGGUGCAACAGAAAUAUGUCACACCCACAUGAUUUUGGGAGAUCGGUGAAGCUUUGGACUGGCCCGGAAAAGAAAUCCUCCUGCCCACAAAGAGAGCUAGAUUGAAGCACAGAACCACAAAUUCAAAUAUUACUCUCUGCAAUUCAAAGGAGAUUACAUGUUGUCAGCUUGGAGAAAAUUUCCGUUCGUGAUUGAUCUUAAGCCAGUAAUCCAGUUCCAGUUCCGUAUUAUUUUCUCAAAUUUGUUGCAGGAAAACAAAAAUGGAGAAGCUGAAAGAGAUUUUGAAACAGGCAGAGGAGUUUUGGGCGAUUUUGAAGAUGAAAAUGGCAGCAAGACGUGCAUUGAGGUGUAUUCCACAAAAGCCUGAGUGGGUUUUCAGUUACUCCAUGCUUGACAAGUUUGCUCGUGUAUUAGCAAUUGCUAUUUCCCAACAUGUUGACCCAGAGUUUCGUAAUGCGGUAUGCAUAUUUUAUUUGGUUCUUCGAGCCCUUGACACAGUUGAGGAUGAUACAAGCAUACCUACAGAUGUCAAAGUGCCUAUCCUGAUAGCUUUUCACCGUCACAUAUAUGAUCAAGACUGGCAUUUUUCAUGUGGUGCUAAGGACUAUAAAGUUCUCAUGGAUCAGUUUCACCAUGUUUCAACAGCUUUUCUAGAGCUUGGGAAAAGUUAUCAGGAGGCAAUUGAGGAUAUUACGAAAAGAAUGGGUGCAGGAAUGGCUAAAUUCAUAUGCAAGGAGGUGGAAACAAUUGAUGACUACGAUGAAUAUUGCCAUUAUGUAGCAGGACUUGUUGGACUAGGCCUGUCCAAGCUUUUCCAUGCCUCUGAAUUGGAAGAUUUGGCACCAGAUGUCCUUUCCAACUCAAUGGGUUUAUUUCUUCAGAAAACAAACAUUAUUCGAGAUUAUCUGGAGGACAUAAAUGAGAUACCCAAGUCACGCAUGUUUUGGCCUCGCCAGAUCUGGAGUAAAUAUGUUGACAAACUUGAGGACUUGAAAUAUGAAGAGAACUCGCUCAAGGCAGUGCGAUGCUUGAAUGAUAUGGUGACAAAUGCUCUGAUGCAUGUGGAUGACUGCUUGAAGUACAUGUCUGCAUUGCGUGAUCCUGCUAUAUUUCGAUUUUGUGUCAUCCCGCAGAUCAUGGCAAUUGGAACACUAGCAUUGUGCUACAACAACAUCGAAGUAUUCAGAGGUGUUGUCAAGAUGAGGCGUGGUCUAACUGCUAAGGUCAUUUAUCAAACAAAAAGUAUGGCCGAUGUAUAUGGUGCUUUCUUUGAUUUCUCCUGUAUGCUCAAGUCCAAGGUCGACAUGAGUGAUCCAAAUGCAGAAAAGACAUUAAGCAGGCUGGAAGGGAUACAAAAAGCAUGCCAGGAGUCUGGGCUUCUAAACAAAAGGAAAUCAUACAUUAAUAGGAGUAAGCCAAGAUACAAUUCUGCACUGAUUGUCCUACUUUUUGUAAUACUGUCCAUCGUUUUCUCUUAUCUUUCUGCAAAUCGACCAAGUAUCUAGAGAUUGUGACUCUGUUCAACUUUGUUCAUGACUUGCUCCAUCGAACUUCGUCUUUUACAAUGUUUGCACAGAAUAUUGUAAUGCCAGAAGUCUGUUCCCUGAUAUUUAAACAAAAAGGCCUAUAAGUAAAGUUUGCACCCCCUUAACCCUGAAAUCCCAUUUAGUUAAUUUAUUGCUUGAUUGUUGUUACUCUACUCUUAAUUGUGGUGGUGGAGCAAUAAUAUUAAGAUUGUAAAGUGCAACGAAACGUCUCCCUUUUUGUGGGCGCAUGUGUCAACUGUGCCCUAUUUUGCUACUGAAAUACUAUUAUGCAAAUUGAGGUCUUCUUUCCUA